AGUUCCUGACCUGCACUCCACUUUCAGUUCAUGGGAAAUCUAUCGAGGUAAUGAAAGUCCAUCCCGUAACUCAGUUCUAGAUCUGCUUCACCUCUUUAAAGCCCACUCUCUUUAAAUGCAACUUCACUCCCAUAUCCCCCUUUCUCUUUCCUCCACUAUUACCACAGAUCUAUCUAUCUCCUAGCUCUAGAUUUUUCUAUUCUUUUCACCAGCCACAACCAAACUGAAAUCAAACUGUUCCCGUUGCAAUGUCCCAAUACGUGUUCGCGUUCGUGUUCGGAUAAUCCUAUGUAGUUUGUUAGUUCUUGUUUGUUUCAGCAAUAACCGUAACCGUAAAUUAUCACCGCCGUUAGGGUUUUGGUUCCUUACUAUGGAUUACGGUCGAGACGGGAACGUGGUGCAAAUUAUCACCACCGGCGGCGGUGGCGGAGGAGGAGGAGGAGGAGGAGGGGGAGAUAGCUGGCCGGGGGACCAGGCGGAUUGGGCGACGGAAGACGAGUACCGGUACUGGAACGGCAACGAAGACACGGCGCCUUCGAACGGUGACGGGAGGCAGUCGCAGUCGCGGUCGGGGAGCGAGCCGCCGAGCAAGAAGGCUCGGGGCUCGUCUGCGACGUCGUCGUCGGCGUCGCAAGAGCGGUCGAAGGCGAUCGGGAAGAUGUUUUUCAAGACGAAGCUGUGCUGCAAGUUCAGGGCAGGGACGUGCCCGUACGUCACCAAUUGCAACUUCGCCCACAGCAUCGAGGAGCUCCGCCGUCCGCCGCCGAAUUGGCAGGAGAUUGUGGCGGCGCAUGAGGAGGAGAAGGCGGUUCUCAUGUCGGAGCCUAGGGAGGAGUUUCAGAUCCCCACCAUCGGGUCCUAUGCAGGGGACGUGUCGCAGAGGUCUUACAAGGGGCGGCACUGCAAGAAAUUCUAUACGGAGGAAGGGUGCCCCUAUGGGGAUAGCUGCACUUUUCUUCAUGAUGAGCAAUCUAAGAACCGCGAGAGCGUCGCGAUAAGUUUAGGCCCUGGUGGUUAUGCUGGCGGCGGCGGUGGUGGUAGUGGUGGUGGUGCUGGUGGUGGUUCUGGUAGUGGUGCUGUUACUCCUACUGGUGCUGCUAGUGCUGCUGCUUCUUCUGCUGGGAAUGGAGCUAAUGUCAAGCCUUCUAAUUGGAAAACCAGGAUUUGUAAUAAGUGGGAGAUGACUGGGUAUUGUCCCUUUGGCAACAAAUGCCAUUUUGCUCAUGGUGCUACAGAACUGCACAGAUAUGGUGGUGGGCUUAUGGAGGGAGAAAGCAGAGACACUGCAUCCGCUAUUGCGGCUGACACUAAACAGGGUGUGCCUUCAAAGACUCUUGCUGAUAAUGUGGUUGCAUCAGCUACUCCUAUUGCUCACUCAGAUAUUUAUCAUAUUGGAGUCCCAUCACAGAGGCCUUCCAUUGUGCUGCAGAGGCCAGGGCAAAGAACUCUUCAGAAGUGGAAAGGUCCCGAUAAAAUCAGUAGAAUAUACGGUGACUGGAUAGAUGACAUCGAAUGAAGUUAUUAACCCUGUCUUCAGAACGAGGAAAAUGAGUGAUCCUCGCUUGAUGUAUUACCAUGGAACAAAAUAUGCCAGGAUUUCGAUUCCCAUCUUUAGGUAGUGUCUUGUGAUUCUUAUCUUCCAACCCAAGUAGCACUUUGUUCAAUUCAGGGAUAUACCUGAUCUGUGCUUUUAUGUUUGGCGGAAGGGUUCACCUUUUUAAUAGGUAUGUUCUCUGCCGUCUGAAUGUAUCUGCACCUUGUAUUCGCACCAGUUUUGUGUCCCCUAGUUGUUCAUUAGUGAGGACUUGUUCAUUAGCAUUUUUUCGACUUUUCGCACAGGGAAAUUAAAACUCUUUUAUGAUGCCAUAGAAUUUUAAAAGGGUCUCCUAACCUAUGUGCUGUUUGGAUGCAUGACGUGACAUGGAGAGGAAUGAAAUGUAACAAUCGAAGGGAAUAAAGUUUUCAUAAUUUUAUUUUA